CAAUGCUGACAUAGAGGAGAUUCGUUCAUUUAGAACAAAGUAAACAAUUUCUAAAAUAAUAUGAACUACUUAUUGAUGUUGUUAAAUUUUUUUGCUUCCAUUAUUGUAAUCAGGUUUGUUGAGAAGAUAUGUAAAACAUCUUCUAAUGGUCAGAAAUCAAUUGGUUCAUCUGGAAGUAUAAGCGUUGCAGAUGACUUUUUAGUGAAGCAUCCGUUUUCCAAUUUUCGUGAUAUUACGCUCUUGGAUAAGCCUUGUGAGGUCAUAGUUCUCGGUACGAUCAUAGGUGUGGAUGAUAAAGAUGAUUGGUACUACCUUGGUUGUGAGGAGUGCACUCGGAAGGUUGAGACAACUAUGGUCAUUGAGGAUGCUGAAGACGGUGCUGAAGAACCGAAGUUUAAACAAGUUUUAGUUUGCUCAAAUCAAGAUUGUCCUAAGGAGGUUGUGGCUGCGACGCCGAUUUUUAGGAUUCCAAUAAGAGUACAAGAUUAUGCAGCUAUUGCCUCUUUGACUUUGUUCGACCGUGAAGCUAGAAAAAUGUUGGGUAUGACAGCAAUUCAAUUGCUUGAGAAGUGUAAAGUGGAUCAGGCAUCUUUGGAAGAGAAAACUAUUCCCUAUCAGUUUAAAUCUUUGAAUGAUAAGAAGUUUGCCUUCAAGAUUCAAAUUAGUCAAUUCAAUAUUGACAACCAUAUUGAUGGUUAUGCUGUUCAUAAGUUGGUGAAUGAUGCAGCAAUCAUUGAGUCCUUGGAGAGCCGAAUUCCAGCUGAUCAGGGUGUGGACGAGGCGGCUGCUGAUGUUUCACUUAGUGAUAUGUCAACUGGAAACCCUUUUGCUCUAAAGGAUGCUGUGGAUUCUAUUGGUGAUAGCUUCACACCCGAUUGCACAUCUAAAGAUUGUUCUAAAACUUCGUCUUCGGAAUUGAAACGUAACCUUGCUGACGUGUAUAAAGUUGAAGAAAGCACAUCUCUAUCAUCAACAAAGGUUAAAAAGGCUGGUGUCUCGGAUGUUCAGGUUGAUGAUGAAACGAUUUUGCUGGUUCCAAAGUUGGAGAAGUAGUUCAUGGUUGAAGUAGUUUUAAGAAAAACAAUUUAUUUUUUUUCCGAAUAUUGCUGCUUGGGUUUCGUUUGCGUGUUUGAGUGGUUUCGAUUGAUUUGUCAUGGUUGGUUU